AUGGCAGAUAUCCAAAAUCCAUUUGCCCUUCAUGCCAAGAAAACCAGACAAGAUCCUAAAAUGAUUGGACUGUGGAAGGUCGGUCGAACACUGGGGAAAGGAUUUUCAGGUCACGUAAGAAUUGCGCGACACUCGAAAACAGGUCAGUAUGCUGCCAUCAAGAUCAUCCCAAAAAAUGCACUGGGAAGUCGAGUGUCUUUGAAUCGUCUUGCCGAUGAGGUAGAACACAAUCUUUUGGCUGUUGAGAGGGAAAUUGUUGUCAUGAAGCUUAUCGACCAUCCAAACAUCAUGAAGAUUUACGAUGUUUGGGAAACAUCAAGCAGCCUAUAUCUCAUUCUCGAGUAUGUUCAAGGCGGAGAGCUCUUCGAUUAUCUGUGCAACAAGGGUCGCCGCCCCACUGCUGAGGUUGUGAACUAUUUUCAGCAGAUUAUUUGCGCUGUUGAUCAUUGCCACCGCUAUAAUAUUGCUCAUCGUGACCUAAAACUCGAGAAUAUUCUCAUUGAUCAAGAUUCCAACAUCAAGGUCGCUGACUUUGGUAUGGCUACAUGGCAAGGUGACUCGCGUGCAAAGCUUCUUCGUACCUCCUGCGGCAGUCCUCACUAUGCAGCGCCUGAAAUCAUCUCUGGAAAGCCGUAUAAUGGUUCUGCCUCCGAUAUUUGGUCUUGUGGUAUCAUUCUUUACGCUCUGCUCGCGGCCAAACUGCCCUUCGAUGACGACGACUGUCCCACACUGUUACGCAAAAUAUCUAUUGGAUACUUUGAAAUGCCACAUGAUAUUGAUCGACGUGCGCAGGACUUGAUAUCUCGUAUGCUUACGACGGAUGUUGAUAAGCGUAUUACUAUGCCGGAGAUCAUGCGACAUCCAUUCUUUUUGUCAUAUCCCCUGAAAAACCCGAAAGCGAUGCCCUCAGAUCCUGACAUGGACCUUAUUGCCAAACCGAUUGGAAGCUUGUCUACUAUUGAUCCGGAUAUUUUUGCGAACCUGCGAACCUUGUGGCAUGGCACUCCAGACUCAAGGAUCAUUGAAAGGCUGAUGAGUUCCGAGCGCAACUGGGAAAAGGGGAUAUACCAUCUACUUGUAGCAUAUCGUAAAAAAUACCUCGCAAACCGGCAGCAAGAGCUUGAGGAAGCCCAGUCUCAAGCCAAUUCCAUGGACCACAGGAGCAUGCGUCGUAGAGACCGAGCUUUCCUAGCGUCUGCAUUGCCUCCGCGUGAUGCACCAGCUACUUCACGAAGCGACAAGCAUCCGGACGGCUUUACAUCUUCAUCUAAUGAGUCUCUGAGAUGUAGCCCUUUUCCUUCCAUCUCUCUGUCUGCCCCAUCGCCGGAAAAAAAGAGGUUACGUUCAAAUAAUAUGGAUCUACCCAAGCUUGAUGUGCCGGAAUUGGAGGACGAGAAAAUGCAGGCAUUCUUUCAGCAGGUUGCGAAUCAUCUCAACGUUCUGAACGAAAAAACGUCGGGGACAGAGGCUCGUCAGGGACCAUCGACAAACUUAUUCUCAGAACGUCUCGCUCCAGUGCCACAUAUACCCCUUAACAUUCCGACAUCCCUACUCAAACCCGAAGAUCAUCUGGAAGAACUGGGUGCACUGAGCCGAACAAUACUACAAGAAACAACAAGAGACCCGAAAGGAAACACCAAGCCUCUGACUCUCCGUCGCAAGAAUCGUAUGCCACUUCAACCGAUUAUUACCAUUGACACAGAUGGGAAAGAGAACGUUAUUCCUAUCACAGAGUCUGUUAUCAUGCAUGGACAAUCUCCACUUACUCUGCAUACUGGUACAAUGGAGGACCAACAUUAUUCUGAGAACACCAAGACGCCCACUAACGCAAAACCGUUGAAGCUUAAGAAAAGAAGGCCGUCGCCAGCGCCUGUCUCGCCUUUGUUUUCUGAAGCUGGUUCCUCGUUUUCUCUACCUUCUUCGGUAGGUAAUGCUGCACGACGAAGUUGGUUUGAUAAUGUCUUCAAAUUCAAGCCCGCGACAUAUAGCCUUCUGUCGCGAUAUGACGUGCAUACCACACAGUCAGAAUGCCGACGACUUCUUAUGGACAUGAACAUGCUCGUCUCGCUCGAAGAUUCUGAUAAGCUUGGUGUUUUGAAAUGCCGCUCUCAUGAUGUCAAGGAUGCCAAUAACAUCAUGUUGGGUCUCAAAUCUGUUAAAUUCAGGGUCGAGAUGCAGUGGCCUACACCUCAACUGUGCCACGAAGGAUAUCUCGUAUCUCUCCUUUUGGUUCAGGAAAAGGGUUCUUUGGAGGCAUUCAAAGCGAUAUACCACGAGUUGGUAGAGACGUGGACACUGGGUUACUCGGAUCGAUCACCACGUUUGGGUUAUAGGACGCCUUCCCCGACCAACGCAGUUGGUGGUUCCUUGAACCAUCGUUAA